AUGUUCCUCCUACUAGCUUCUAAUGGAGUCGACCAUCCGGGUCACUUCAAGGCCAACACGGAGAGCCUAAUCCGCAAAGUCCGCUGUAAUGGUGAGCCUCGUUGUCAGCAGUGCUCUCAUCUCGAUCUAAAGUGCAUAUACGCUACACGCCAAGCACGGAAAACAACUCUCGACCGCGGCAAGCACGUGCGAGACUGGGCAAAUAGGCAGGAUGGUGAGCUUGUCCGUCAACGACCACUUCUUUCUGCAGAAGAUGCCACUAUCACCUCAUCGCCCUCCUCAGCCACUAGUGGGGGGCAUACCGACCAGUUCUUCCGCGGUUUCCUUCAAAACUAUGAGCUCUACGUCUACCCCUUCCAUCCGAUCAUAUCGACUGUGGAGGUGUCUCUUGCGAUUGACCAGAUGCAAAAUAGUCGAGAGGCGCGCGCCUUCGUCUACUCCAUGGUCUGUGUCACCUUGACCCACUCAGCGCUAGAUGCGUUCGCGUCCGACAUCCUAUCGCAAUGCAGAUACUGGGUUUGCGAGGCCAUAAAAUUGCAGGAUCCCAUCUUUUCCGUGGGUGAGAUGACAGUCCGGCGGAUCCUCACCAUCGAAUUCUUCCAUGUGUGUCUGAUGGGCCUCGGAGAACACGAUCUUGGCCACUUCUACCUCAGACAAGCCGCAGCCAUGCUCCAAACUCUGCAGGUGUGGCUUCCUAGGCCGUCGGACGUUCUUAUACCGUUCGAAUUGGCUCGUCGCCAACGUCUCUACUGCUUGCUAUUUGUGCAUGAACGGUUCCACGCUCUUGCACACCAGCACGAGCUGAACUUUCCUGCCUUACCGGGUCUGCCACCAUCUGACAGCAGCAUACCCGCUGGCGUCGACCAUGGCUUUCGUCAGAUCGUCGCACUAUUCGGCCACAUCGACUCUGACCUCAUCGCAAUCCAUAGCAACAAGUCCGUCAGACAUGUGACGAACAUGGCCGGGUGGAUCGAGACCAACUCACGAGCCAUCCAACAAGAACAUGUUGGUGAGCUUGAUGACGAUGCCUUAUUGUCCGAUGUCCAGCUGGCAGACAUCAUCAUUACGAAACACUGGCUUCAUAUGCUCGUCUGGCAGAUUGCAGUCUCGCAAUGCUUGCUCUCGUCCCAAGCAGCGCACGAUAUGUCGAUGUCGCUCUUGCUACCCGUCCGCGUCUCAUCCCAGCUGCGAAAAAUUCUAGCGAUAGUCUCGAAGAGGACUGUGCUGGUCCACGGCACAUCUAUGCAGAUGAAACUCUUCGAGAUCACGGACACUAUCGCAAGUGUAGUUGCCACUGUACCUGGAACCUCGGAAGAAGACACGCGCGGCUGGCUAGAAGACUUUGUGUUCUUGCUUAGCUAUCUCUACUCUCUGCCAGGAAUGCACGAAAGGCAGGCAAGUGUGCUCAGAGACAAGCUAGAACGCUUGCGGGAUAUGUUUCCAGAGCACGCAGCAAUGCUGUCUGAACUUGAACAAACUCAAACCAGCCCGUUCUCGAUCACGAGUAUAUGA